AAUUAAAUAUAUAACAUAAAUAAAACAACCAAAAGGAACAAAAUCUAACUAAAUAACCCUUAUAAAUGUAUGGGAAGUUAGUUAGUAUAGCUGAAAAACAUAAACUCUCAAACAAAGUCACAGUUUACAAAAAAAAGUCACAGUAUUUAACCAAGCGACCAAUUAAGCUAAUUAUAUUUGGGAAAUAGGGGCCCUUGAAUUUGAUAAAUCUUGUGGGGGCCUGAGGCAUUUGCCUCUUUUGUAAUACAGUAGGCACGACUCUGAUUGUCAGGGCUGGCUCUGGUGGUCGCUCAUUUAAUUUGAUACGCAAAUAAGUACCAUUUUAGCUUUAUACAUCAGCUACGGUCGCAUUUGAUAUGAAUAGUUGUAAAUUACUGGCUCACUUCAUACUUUGUCCGUCCAUUCUAGCAGAAAACAAAAUUGCUCUGAAGAAGACAAUGCACGUGUUUACACAUUCUCCUUACCUACCAAAUGCCAACCGUUCUAACCUCUCUCUUUACUUUUAUGUCGAUCAGGAAGGCCCAAUGGGCUUGGACUAAAGCCUGGUCAAUCAACUUGCGACGGAAGCCCAAAAACCUUCAGUCUACAGACGACACCGUUUGCUUCCGCCACUUGAAAACGGGUUAAACGCCAUUUAUCGUUUCUUCAAAGGGAAACCAAACGAGAAGCAUCGUCUCUCUACUCAACUGUUACGCCGCAAAAUGACGAAACUACCCCUCUUCGUCUCCCUCCUCCUCCUCCUCUCCGUAGCCAGUUUCAUCACCCGCACAUCGGCGGAGACAAAGUCCCUCACAAUCUCCGACGACGACAGACCGAUGAUCCUCUUCGAGAAGUUCGGAUUCACUCGAUCGGGCCACGUCAGCGUCUCCGUCUCCUCCGUAUCGGUAACCUCCCCUUCGGCCGCCGCGAUCCCGGAUCCGUCGCGGCUAGGGUUCUUCCUCAUGUCGGAGGAGUCGCUCCUCCAGGUCCUCCUCGAGAUCCAGCAGAACCCUAGCUUCUGCGUGCUCGACUCCCCUCACGUCCUCCACCUCUUCACGUUCCACGAUCUAUCGCCCCCGCCGAGCUCCAGUUACGAGCACUUGUACCCCGUGACUUCCCCCAACGAGUACUCUCUGUUCUUCGUCAAUUGCGUGAGGGAUACGAAGAUCUCGAUGAAGGUCAGAACGGAGAUGUAUAACUUAGAUCCGAACGGGUCGAAGGAUUACCUUCCCGCCGGGUCAACCCGUUUACCCGAAUUGUAUUUCUUAUUCUUUAUCGGAUACUUAGCUUUCCUCGGUCUGUGGGGGUAUGCUUGUUGGGUUAAUAAAAGAGUCGUUCAUAGGAUCCACGUCCUCAUGGCGGCGCUUCUGUUAAUGAAGGCUUUGAAUCUGAUCUGCGCCGCUGAGGAUAAACACUACGUGAAGGUCACGGGGACUCCUCACGGAUGGGACGUGUUGUUCUAUAUUUUUCAGUUUAUCCGCGUGGUUCUUUUAUUCACGGUGAUUGUGUUGAUUGGAACUGGGUGGUCUUUCUUGAAGCCGUUCUUGCAGGAGAAAGAGAAGAACGUGUUGAUGGUUGUUGUUCCUCUUCAGGUUCUCGCCAACAUUGCCUCCGUUGUGAUCGGAGAGACGGGGCCUUUUAUUAAAGAUUGGGUGACUUGGAACCAGGUGUUCUUGCUUGUGGAUAUAGUGUGCUGUUGUGCUAUCUUGUUCCCUAUUGUUUGGUCGAUACGUUCGUUGAGAGAGACUUCGAAAACCGAUGGGAAAGCGGCAAGGAACUUGGCGAAGUUGACUCUGUUUAGACAGUUUUAUAUUGUUGUGAUAGGGUACUUGUAUUUUACGAGGAUCGUGGUGUUUGCGUUGAAGUCGAUUGCUGCGUAUAAGUAUCUGUGGGUGAGCAAUGCGGCUGAGGAGAUUGCGAGUCUGGUGUUUUACAUGGUGAUGUUCUAUAUGUUUAGGCCGGUUGAGAAGAAUGAGUAUUUUGUUCUUGAUGAAGAAGAUGAAGAAGCUGCGGAGUUGGUCUUGAAGGAGGAUGAUUUUGAUCUCUGAAUCAGAUCAAGAACUUUCAUUGACUAUAUAAGCUCGCCGUGGAGGUUUGCUUUUUCUUUUCUUCUUCCUUUUCUAUUGUUACUUCAAAUGUAGUUUAUUUGUAAAGGGGAAUAACUAUGUAGUGUUUUACUCUUAUAUUGUAAAAGCUUAUUUGUCCCCUAAGACUGUUUUUGCUUGUAAGAAAGAUUAGUGCAUCUGUUGUUGACUGUGUGUA